GAGGUCCCGCCCGGACAAGCCAUGAGCCGGAAGGCGAGCGAAGCAGAGCGCUGCCAUGAUGGUUGAACUUAGGUGGGAUGAGUGGCAGGACUCUCGGCGACCGGAAGAGUGAGGCGGGGAGGUAUGGGUUGGGCGCUGCCAUGUCAACCUGAUACCGGAAAAGGCGGGUCUCUUCUCUCUGACUGAUCGGCGCCUGAACUCGCCUGGAGAUGCAGGCAGCCCUGGAAGUCACUGCUCGAUAUUGCAGCCGGGAGCUGGAUCAGUAUGGACAAUGUGUGGCAGCCAAGCCUGAAUCUUGGCAUCGGGAUUGUCACCACCUUAAGAUGAGCAUUGCCCGCUGCACAUCCUCCCACCCCAUCAUCCGCCAGAUCCGCCAGGCCUGCGCUGAACCUUUUGAAGCUUUUGAGGAGUGUCUUCGCCUGAAUGAGGCAGCGGUUGGCAACUGUGCCGAACACAUGCGCCGCUUCCUGCAGUGUGCUGAGCAGGUGCAGCCUUCAAGUUCACCCACAACUGGAGAGGCACAGCCACUUCCUGCCUCCUGAAGACCCCCUUAGACUUGGAGAAAACUGGACAUGACUAGCUCACUUGAUGUCUUCAUCUAGAAGAGUGACCAUUUUGGAGUCUUGAGGGCUCUGGUGUGGGUCUGGCUUUCCUGGACUUCAGGACUCUAAAUAAAUAAAUACUGAGUACUGGGCUUUGGUUCAGCCUAUGACACUGAGGGGCACUAGGAGAGCUGGAGGAGAGCUUGGCCACCCUCCCCCAGCUUUACUUGGUCUGUCAAGUAAGAGCUCAGGAGGGGCCGAGGUGCUCCUGGUCUAGGCUUAGCCUUAAGAGGACUCAAACAGCCGUUCCCUGUCCCUUCCUGUCUGUACGCUGGGGAAGGACUUUCCUGUCACACUCACCAGAUGACUUUGUUUUGUUUUUGUUUUUGUUUUUGUUUUGAGUCUAGGCAGUCCUGAAGCCCAGUACCAAACUGGAUUCAGACUCAGAACAGUCUUCCUGAGUGCCAGGGUUACAGGUGUGAACCACCAUGCCCAGCCUUCUUGCCCACGACCUCACACAUGCCAGUCAGGUUGCCCUCCCUGCCUCUUGUGCCCUGAGCCUGUGUCCACUCCAUCUCUCCACCGUUUUCUUGAGGCUUGUGAGAGGAACAGUGAAAGCUCAUCGUUCAUAGCAGUACAUCUUUCCACUGCUGAAGCAGAACUGGUUGAGCAGUGGACACUGGCCUUGGGCAGUGCUUGUAAAAAUUCUGGCCUUAGUAUCGAAAACAGCUGUGUGGAGGCAGAAGCAAGGCAUGAGAAUCAGAAGUUCAAGGUCACCCACUGCUAUGUAGUUUGAGGCCAAACCAAGGCCCUGUCUUGUUAAGUUUUAAAAUUUGAAAACUGAAAGGACUUGGCUUGGAAGCAUCCUUCACUGGAUUUUUAGUUUGUCUUGAUCAGCAAUUUCCCAAAAGCCAGGUGUCAGAAUGGGGCACAGAUUCUCAGUCUGAAUCCAGAAAUAGUGAGAGGGAGUGGGAAAGGGAGACAAGAAGACAGCCAGUCAAAAGUAUUAUCAGGUUGGCGAGAUGGAUCAGUGGGUAAGGGUGUUGCCAUGUGAGGGCCUGCCUGAGUGACCCCAGGACCCACGUGUUGGAAGGGUAGAGCUAACUCAUACAAGUAGUUCUGUUUAUAGAAACAGAAUUUCUGUUUCUUCUGACCUCCACAAGUGUGCCAUGGCAUCCCCUGCUUCCCACUCCAGUAAAGCAAACGAAUAAAAUGUAAUUUUAAAAAGUG